GGCAACCAGGAGAAGCCAAACUUGCUCAUCCCUUCCCUACCGCAAAGGGGUCUAGCGGGUGCGGACUCUCUCGGCGCUGUGCUCAUGGCGCUCUACGAGCUCUUCUCUCAGCCGGUCGAGCGCGGCUACCGCGCGGGGCUCUGCUCCAAGGCCGCGCUGUUCCUGCUGCUGGCCACCGCGCUCACGUACAUCCCGCCGCUGCUGGUGGCCUUCCGGAGCCACGGGUUUUGGCUGAAGCGGAGCAGCUACGAGGAGCAGCCGACUGUGCGCUUCCAGCACCAGGUGCUGCUCCUGGCCCUGCUAGGACCGGAGCGCGGCGGCUUCCUCGCCUGGAGCACGUUCCCCGCCUUCAACCGGCUGCAGGGGGAUCAUCUGCGCGUCCCGCUCGUUUCGACUAGAGAAGAAGACAGGAACCAGGACGGGAAAAUGGACAUGUUACAUUUUAAACUGGAGCUUCCCCUGCAGUCCACGGAGCAUGUUCUUGGUGUGCAACUCAUCCUGACUUUCUCCUACCAAUUGCAUAGGAUGUCAACAUUCGUGAUGCAGAGCAUGGCAUUUCUUCAAUCCUCCUUUGCUAUUCCGGGGUCCCAGUUAUACGUGAACGGAGACCUGAGGCUGCAGCAGAAGCAGCCCCUAAGCUACGAUGGCCUAGACGUUCGAUACAACGUGUCUGUCAUCAACGGAACCAGUCCUUUUGCCUAUGACUAUGACCUCACGCAUAUUGUUGCUGCCUAUCAAGAAAGGAACAUAACCACCAUCCUGACUGACCCCAACCCCAUCUGGCUGGUGGGGAGGGCUGCCGAAGCUCCAUUUGUGAUUAAUGCUGUCAUCCGAUACCCUGUGGAAGUCAUUUCUUAUCUACCAGGAUUCUGGGAAAUUAUAAAGUUUGCCUGGAUCCAGUAUGUCAGUAUCCUACUUAUCUUCCUCUGGGUGUUUGAAAGAAUAAAAAGAUUUGUGUUUCAAAAUCAAGUGGUCACCACAAUCCCUGUGACAGCAAUGCCCCAGGGAGAACUCUAUAAGCAGCACUUAUCGUAAGAAGACCAUGACUGGAAACUAAGCAGGACCUGGCUACCUCAUAUUGUCUUCUGAGAACUGCCACCUUAGGACACUUUUGAAAAGGGACCAUGGACACGUGCCAGCAUGUGUGUUUUCCCUACCAGCGACAGAGAAGAGUUCUAAUUUUUCUCUACACAAAUUCCGUAUCUUCUAAGUGCCUACCAAAAGCAUCAGAGACUAGUUUGUGGAAAGGUCUGAAAACGCUAUAAUUUGCUCUCCUGCCCCCCUUUUUUUGCCCUAGACUUGAAUUUCAAGAGAAAACUACAAUCAACUUAGACAUGUUGGAAAGAGUAUCACUUCUAGUCAAGCAGACUUUUGCUUCCUUGAACUGAGAAACAUGCUAUGCAUUUCUUCCCCCUAUUGUAAAGCACUUUUGACUCUUUUCAGGGCUCUCAGGACAGAUCUGCAAAUCAUUAGCAUUUCCCACUCUCAGGCACCUAAAUUUCCCAUUCAGAACUUUGAUUUCCAGAACUGAGAGGCCUUUAAGUGGAGAAUUGGAGAGAGAGGGAGUGCUCAAGAACAUGUGUGUGCACCCACGUGAGGGUGGGCAACUUGAGGACACUCGGACCAUCCACCUGCCCUCAGUCUAACAGACAUCUUCUGUCAUCAGCUCAGCUGAAAAGCCCUUUAUCCUGCCCUUAUGUGGCUGGCUCUGUGCCCUGCCUUUUGCUCUCUGUCUGUGCCCCUGGAGUAGCAGGCUGAAGUCAGAAGUGCUGUUUCAUUCACAAUCCUCUGGGCAACAGUGGGGGGGAAUAAGGAUUGUAGCAGUUUUUUUUUUUCUCUCUGACCCUCACCCAACAGCCUGGACACUUGCCACUCCUCCUUCUCGACAGCCUCUCCCCCUUCCUGAAAAGGACCUGGGUGACAGAGGACCUGUUGUUGGUAUUGGCUCCCUGCCCAACAACACAGAGUUUAUUUGGAGGGCUAGCGGGAAGCCCGGCUCCUUGUAUUUCCCUUGACUAAGGAACAGGGUGCCCAUCAGAGCAGGCAGCUUUGGGAGGGACACAAGGAGCAGUGGGGGCAGAAGGAGGAUGCUAGCCGCCGCAGCUCAGUCCAGCCUGGCCCAUAGCAGAAUGGUGAGCAGUCCAGCCAGAUGACCCUCAUGACUAAGCGAGUGUCUGCAGGAGAAGAGUGCUGGGAGAGGUCUUUGUUACACACAGGAGACUGAUUCUUCUCCUCCAAAGAAAACAUGCAGUUUCCUCAAAGGAUAGAUGGAUCUGCUUUACGAUCCUGCGAUGUCAUUGGUACUAAAAGGACACGCCCACUCUGACCUGUGCUUCAUGCCCAUUUAUAAACACACUCUUCAGUGUGUGCCUCAGUUUACCUUGGUGAUUCAGUUUUUAUUUCCAAACCACCUUUUCUUUCAGGCUGACCAAAAUAAGUGUUUGGAAACAAAGCUAUUUUGAAGUAUUCAAGCACACAAAAUCCUAACCGCGGCCCCUCUUUUAAACUUUAGGACUGCUUAUUUACAUACCUAAAAUUUUUUUGAGAUUUCAAUCAAUGAAAAUUGGUUGCUGAAUUUUGUGAAUUACAAAAAGAUGAGAUAUGGAAAGAAAGCUAAAGAUGUAUAGACAUUGCUUUGCAUUUUAUUAAAUUGUUUUAUUGCAAAAUUUGUAUAACGAACCAUGAUGUUUCAUAGCUUUCUAAUUAAAAUGUUCA